UAUUGACCAUCGGUGCAUGUGUACACAAUACAUACAUGUAUGGAUCUCGGUUGAGCUUACUCGCGAGCUUCCGAUGUUCCCGCGUGAGUGAAAGGCUUUCCCGAGCCCAGUUUACAGCUGUACGAGGAACUGCCAUGUUUUUGUCCGUCGUGCUUAUUCGUAGUCCGCGAGUGAGGAUCGACGCCGCGGUGGAUGUGUAGACGGGGGAGUCAGUCUUUGGCGCGUGGUGCAUUUAUUUGUUUACACAGUGCGCCACGACGUUGUGAUAUUGUACGUGCACAGCAUCCGUGGCAGAGGCAAGAAAGAGAAGAUGAGUCGGGUCGUACUGACAAAGUAAGGGGGGGGGGGUGGAGGAAUAGAGUACCGAGUAGAUAAGGAGUAAAAAGAGGAUCCGAUGCCCUCGCGAGCCUGCGGUGCCCAGAUGAUGGGCGAGAUGGAGCGUAGCCUGCCGAUCUUCCACAUAAUGCGUUGUCGGUUCGGGGCCACGCCGGGGAGUAUGAUCGAGCCGUAUCACGUGCAGCCACCGAGUUAUCCGAGCUUCGGGGCUCCGGGAACUGGACCACCACCCCAACCACCACCACCGGGAGCUAGUGCGGUUGUCGCGGCCGCGGCUGCGGCUCACCACCAUCACGCGGCAGCUGCCGCCCACGCCGGCUUUUUGCACUACGCCCGCGUCGCCGCUAGGUGCUACCAUCCGUGUGGUCACGUAGCCAGCGAGGGUUACAGGGUGUGCUGCAAGAAGUACGUGGUGCUGUGCUGGCUCUGCGGUGGCUUGAGCGUCGCCGUCGGGAGCCUCUUCCUCCUCGUCCACGCCGUUCUGUCGGCCAACACGGCCAGCCUGGCCCUCUUCGAGACCGUGCCCUCCUACAUACCCGGCACCAUGCUCAUAUUUAUCGGGCUCUGCACCAUGCUGCUGGCACGAAGGAAGCACCGCUACGGCUCUCUGAUGAAGGUCUGCGGCUCGGUGAGCACCGUCUGCGCGCUGGUCUGCGUCCUGGUAACCGUCACCACGACUGUGGUACACAUGUCCAGGCUACAGAGUCUACACGAGUGCGUCUACACCACCCGAGCAAAACUGUGCACGUGCUACAGCGCCUCCCAGUCCCACGGCACUGACCAGGGCGUCCUCUUCGAGGGCACGCCUCACUGCGAGGUGGUUCACGGCGCCCUCUACACCUGCCUGCGAACCCUGUUCGGGGUCUCGGUGGCUGGUAUCCUGGCUUGCAUAUUCUCGUGCAUGCUGGUCUACCAAUUGCACCGCCACGAGAAGAAAAAGAUGUACUGGGAACAGUUGGAGCUGAGGUGUAGGUCGCUCUACGGGCAGGGCGCUGCUGCUGCCGCUGCGGCGGCUGCUGGACUCGUCGGUACCGGCAGACCGGCCGGCACCUGUGGCUGUUGCAACGACUGCGGCGGCAUUGGGCCGUGGUGGGCGCAGAGUCCUGGAAAUCUCUACACGCCCAAUCCGGAUCUCACGCCCGCGAGACGCUGGCGUCUGCCAUGGUCGCGCAGCAGGGGACCAGCACCCAGCGCCGACUCCAACUACGGCUUCGACCAGUCGAACAGAUCGGCCAUCGUACCGGGCUCGACCCACCAUCACCCCGCCGACGGCAUACUCGACAACGCCGGCAUGGUGCCCUACGGCAUCCUGGGCCCAACCCAAUCGGCCGGACCCUACUCGGUCCUACAGGCCGCCGUCCACGAGGACCACCACUACGGGCAGAACGCGGGUGCCGGUCCGUACAGCGUCCUCGAGGCCGCCGUGCCCCUCUGGGGUCCACCGCCACCCUACAGCGACCCCAACAGCCCAGCCAGGAGGUUCGUCUACCGAACCAACGAGCACCGGCCCAGGGCCACCAAGAGGAUCGACAGCUUUCCCAUGAGAGAGGUCGAGUACAACAGCAGAACUUCGGACAUCAAGCGGCAGGGCAGCAGCAACAACUACGAGAAUGCCGAGCCCCUGUCGAUGGUGUCGAACGACACGGACACGGAGACCACGGCCGAGGCCAGAGUGGCGCGGGCCAACAACGCCAACAAGCACAAGAAGCUGCUUAAGGGCGUGGAGAACGCCGGCUUCCAGGAGCAGGAGUCCAACGCCACCUCCAAGCAACAAUCCGAGAGCGAGCUUUACUUUGGCGACGUGUCCUCGUGCUGCGGACCCGAGAGCAGCCUCUACGACGUGGCCACCGACAAAGAAGGUAAAAACGAGAGUUGCCAGUCGGAGGCGAGCACGAGCUACCUCCCGGCCCAGCACAAGCGGCCGUCCAGCAGGAGAUCCCGUCGGCAGCAACAACAGCCAAUCGACCUGCUGGAUUUGCCGUCAAACUCGAGCUGUUCGUCCAACUGCGACGAGGCAGGUAGUUUGUCUUACGCCUUGCACACGGCAGCGGACAUCGAGUACGAGGUGAUUCGAGAAAACAGUCGGUACGAUGAUUACGAGGCUUCGGGCGCUGCCUACGCCCCCGAGGAGAAAAACAACGACGAGGAAACGGAAAAACGGAGCGAGGAAGAGGCCUACGGAGGUGCUGACGGGGCUGUCGAGGUGGAGGAGCCGAAAGAAGAAGACGAGGAGGAGGAGGAGGAGGAGGAGUUUGGGGAGUUCAGAUCGUCCAGUUUCCACGAGGACGUUCGGCCCGUCAAAGUUUGAGGUGUUGGACGAGCGAUGGAUUACCACCGAUAGGGGGUUAUUGGACUUAAUCACUUUCGUUUGUUUCGUCCCUUCAAGUGGCAUCAAGUGUGACUUUUGUUUCAUCGGGAAAUACUUAGUUGACGAGAGGAACAAGUGUGCGAUGCGCGGGUUCGUUCAUUAUGAUUCUUUUACAUUGAAAUCCAAUUCUCGCAAUCGACUUUGAUAUGAGUUUGACGACGCAAGUACGGAGGAAAAUCUAUUUUUGUACUAAUGUAUUGUGGUGCUCUGUAUGUAUAGCGGAGGUGAAAAUUUUUUGGUGCUCCAGUUGCGUAGCGCACAGUAGAUAGACCAUUUUCUCGUAACUUUGAACGUUCGACCACGUAGAAUUGGAUCCAGUGAUUUUAAACGAUCGUAUACCAAAGAUUCGCAUUUUAAAGGUGUAUACUGAAUCAGUGCUUGAAAAUUUUUUGCGAAUCCCAAAUAUGUACAGGCUCAAAGAACAAUGACACUUUUCCUUGCACAUGUUUAGAAGCACAGCGCCCAAGAGCUUCCAGUAAUAGACAAAUCGCUCUUGGAUGGUAUUUUUACAUGCCGAGGUCAGUUGUAGUACGAGAGCUAUUUAUAAAGCGUGUGGGAGCUACUAGUAAACUUUUUAGAUUAUUUGUACAAAUAUGUUUAAGUCUUUGGUGCAAGUUUUAUUGCCACUGGUAAAUCUGGUUUACUCGAAAGUCUGAUUAUAAGUUGUAAGUAGUUUACGCGAUACGUUGAACCAACGAUCGCCAUUUUAAUGACAUAAUAAUUGUACAUUUUUUUUUUUUUUUUUUUUUAAAUCUUUUUAUUGUUCCUAAUGCCUUUUUUACGUAAAUUCUAUUAUAUUAUUGCGCGCUCUUAGCUUUAGUUAAGUAUUAUUAUUUUUUAGAAGUAAGAAACACAUUUCAUGUAAAAACUUGUACUAGUGAUUUUAUGAUUAUUGAGUUGGCUCGUUUUCAAAAUAGAAGCAAAAUUUCGACGGAAAAUCUUUAAAAUUAUCUAAAAACUCAAGUUACAUUACAUAAGUAAAAAAAAAA